AUGCCGAAUACCACAAGCUGGUUACGUUCAGUUUGGCCAUCCACCGUCAUUAGUACCGUUUUAUUGAUAUUAGGUAGUGGACUAUUAUUUUGGAAUGAAGGAAGAUCAGUCAAACGAAAUUUUUCUUUAAUGGAAGCUUUAAACGAUGCAAUAACAAUAGAUCCAAAUUCUGAUAUAGAUCCAACUUUUUCAAAACGUCUGGUACAUUUUUAUGGUCAAAUUGUAACUGGUGAACCAUUAACAGAACCUGAAUAUAAUAUACAAGUCCAAGCAGUAAAACUGAAACGAAAAGUACAAAUGUAUCAAUGGGUAGAAGAAACUAUUGAGCAUAAUUAUGGUCAAAGUAUCGACAUCAUGGAUCGUGACGAACGAACAUAUUACUACACACAAUCCUGGGAAGAUCAUUUAAUAAAUUCCAGAUUAUUUUCAAGCCCAUUCACUCAUCGCAAUCCUGAAAACUUCCCUAUUGAAAGUCAUGUACAAUUAGCAGAAACUGUAUAUAUCGGAAAAUAUGAACUAAGUAAAGAUUUGAAAAUUAAAUUUGAUGAUUUUCAACAUAUAUCAUCUGAUCAACGACCAGAUGAUCCAACAAUCAAAUUACAUCAAGGAUUUUAUUUUCAUAGCAAUGAUGUUUUUAAUCCUGAAAUUGGUGAUUUAAGAUUACUAUUUUCAGCAGCUGGAAUGGAAGGAGAAUAUUAUACUGUUGUGGGUUGUAUUGAAGAAGGGAAUAAGAUUGUACCUUACUACACAAGUUAUAAAACGCAAAUUAAUUUUCUUUUUGCUGGAAAAUUAAAAUUGACUGAAGUUUUUGAUAGGCAACACAAAACAUACAGAUUAGAAAGUUGGAUAUCAAGAUUUAUUGGAUGGUUCGACGAAUACGGUUUUUAUCGUGUUAUGCUAACGAAUCAUAUUUAUCGAUAA